CUCUAUUUCUUCACAUACAAAUUCUCUCAAAUCCUUUCUCCCACUCCUAGCUACUUCCCACCAUUCCCCUCUCUCCUUCUCUCUCCCUCUCUCUCUCUCUCACUACAAUGAGAACUUUGUGUCCGAAUUUGGACCGGGAAGACGGCCUCGACACGGUGCUGGAGGUUCCGAUCCCGGAGGAAAUGCUCGCUUCCAGCAAGCACACGUCGUGGCAGAGCAUGAAGUCGUGGAUGACGCGGCCCGCCGCGGCCGCCGCCGCCUCCGUCUUUGGCGGCCGCGCCGCCGAGAUUCAGUUCCUGCUCGGAGUCGUCGGAGCCCCCCUCAUACCCCUGCCCAUCCGCUGCGACCGCACCGUCAACAACAACAUCAAAGGCUGCCCCAUCGAGAGUUCGAUGGCGAAAUACAUCGUGCAGCAAUACAUAGCGGCUGCGGGCGGAGAGCAUGCGUUGAACGGCAUCGACAGCAUGUACGCGAUGGGGAAGGUGAAGAUGGCGGCGUCGGAGUUCGUCUCCGGCGACGCCAAAGUGAAGAAUAUGGCGAGGCACGGAGCCGGUGAAAUGGGGGGCUUCGUGCUGUGGCAGAAGCGCCCCGAUUUGUGGAGCUUGGAGCUCAUGGUCGCCGGCUACAAAAUCAGCGCCGGCAGCGACGGUAAGGUGGCGUGGAGGCAGACGCCGUGGCAGAACUCGCACGCCUCUCGCGGCCCGCCCCGCCCCCUCCGCCGCUCUCUGCAGGGGCUUGAUCCGAGAUCAACGGCCAACCUCUUCUCGAACUCGAUCUGCAUCGGCGAGAAGAGCAUCAACGGCGAAGACUGCUUCGUGCUGAAGCUGGAGGCGGAGGCCCCCACGCUCCGAGCACGAAGCAGCAGCAACGUGGAGAUCAUGAGGCACACCGUGUGGGGUUGCUUCAGCCAGAGAAGCGGCCUGCUGAUCCAGCUCGAGGACUCCCACUUGCUGCGGAUAAAGGCGGCGGCCGGAAACGCAAACGACGACGUCUUCUGGGAGACGACGAUGGAGUCGCUCGUUCAAGACUACCGCACCGUGGAGGGCGUCAACGUCGCGCAUUCCGGCAGGACGUGCGUGUCGCUCUUCCGAUUCGGCGAGAGCUCCGAAAGCCACACGAGGACGAGGAUGGAGGAGAUCUGGAGCGUCGAGGAGGUCGAUUUCAACAUCAGGGGGCUGUCGAUCGACUGCUUCCUGCCCCCCGCGGAUCUGAAAAGGGAAGAUCAUGAAGAGUGCAAGCCUGCGUCGAGGAUUUUUGGGGGUAGAGGUGGGAGGAAAGUUGUGGCUGUUGACGAGGAAACGGAUGAGGAGAUUUGAUUAAGUGUAUUGUUUUUGAUGAUGAUGGUCGAUUUUUGGUGUUGAUGAAUUUGUACAUAUUUAUAUGAUAUAGAGAGGUAGCAUGCAGCAGCAACUGGCUUUUAGUGCUAGUGAGUUUCAUGGUUUGUAAUGUUUUUUUUGCUUAGUCUAUUAAUCACGGAGGCUGCGUUUUCGCCCCACAAA